AUGUACAAAAGGAUGGACCGGAGCCAGAGUUUUUGAAUCCCAUGGAAAAUGUCACCGUCGCAUUGGGUCGGGAAGCAAUUUUGGUGUGUUCGGUGAAAAACAUAGGAGAACACAAAGUUGGCUGGUUAAAAGCAGAAGACCAGACCAUAUUAAGUUUACACGAACGUGUAGUUACCGAAAACCGAAGAAUAGACAUAGAUGUGGAUAAUAACACGUAUUGGAGACUCAAGAUUCGGCAACUACAAAGAUCUGACAAAGGAUGUUAUAUGUGCCAGAUUAACACGCAUGUCAUGAAAAAACAAAUUGGUUGUGUAGACGUAAAAGUGGAUAGGGUACGAGGAGAACCGCUGUUGCUCAACAAAGUAGACCGCAGUCAGAUGGGACAUUAUUUGUGCAUAGCGUCCAACGAUGUACCACCGGCUGUUAGCAAGAGGAUCACGUUAAACGUUAACUUUUCUCCAGUAGUCUGGGUGACAAAUCAGAUUGUAAGUGCACCACUUAAUACACAUGUGCGACUGGAGUGUUUUGUAGAGUCGUUUCCCAAUUCCGUCAAUUAUUGGUCAGAUGAUAAAGGAGAAAUGAUUCGUCAAGGGCCAAAGUACUUUAUAGAAGAAGUUAAAACCAACUACAAAGUAAAUAUGUAUCUCAAUAUUCAGAAUUUGGAUAAAAAUGAUCUGGGGACGUAUAGAUGUUUAGCAACAAAUUCAAUGGGACACGCGAAUAGUUCAGUACGAGUACACAAGAUAAUAUUGCCGACUACUACCGUUGCACCAACAACAUCCACGACAACCACCGUCUCCACUACCACAACCACAACAACGUUACCGUCUACCACAAGAAUAGUUACUAUCUCGACAGUGAUACCGUCACCAACAACUAAAAGAAAAAUCCAUACAAAAUCUGGUGAUCGGAAAUCUGGAGGCAAAAUGGACGACAAGACCGGUCUACGGAUGAACGGUGUCGAAUCGGCAGACGAGAUGGAGACAAAAAGCAGCAGCCACCGGGCAAGCCGUGGUUCGAGUCGGGUCCGCCGGUCAACGAUUAGCCAAUCCGUGAGCAUCGCGGCUGAGCUGGCGUUUUUGGCAGCCGCUACUGCUAGCUGGUCAACUGGUUUUCCAGUGGACGCCGCCAUAGGUGGACUCGUAUCACUGAUGUUAGUCGUUUCGCCGUCACUCAUUAUGUGGCUACAGAACUGAACCCCAAAAGGAGGCCUACAUAACUACUGAUGUACACCUAAGGGGCAUACAUGUUUUAAGAAACUAUCAGAUUUCGUGUUAUUAAGUUUUUGUAAUCAUGUUUUUUAUUUUCAAUACCUUCCCUCGAACCAUCAAUAAAUACCGCACAUUACACCACUGGCACCAACAUCACCACAUUCCAUGACCGCUGAGUACUGAAAAUCCGUGGUAUAUKCGGUUAUCAAUUAAUGCCCACCCAACAAUCAACCAAUGUCUAAUAUUAUACCAAUUAUCAAUUCAAUUUCACUACGGCUGUGUUUGGAUAUGUGGUUGAAAACCAAAAUCACGUAAUCUCCGAUACAAAUAUACUAAAAUAAUACAUAAUAUAUAUAUAUAUAUAUAAUAUAUAAAUAAUAUACAAAUAACCGGGUUGCAAUCGCGCGUGAUCGAAACAUCAUCGCUUACGUUUAAAGAGCAUUUUUACUUUUCACAUAAAAUCCAUAAUUUGAGUUAAUACACUGCAACUGGUCGGAUUUUUGUAAUUUUUAAUUUGUGCGUGAUUAAAGUUGUUAUAUUCAAAAUAUUUACGACCACGUCGUCAUAACCGAUUCACAUAUUAAAAAUGUUAAGCAUUGAUUCAUUAAUCAAGAAAUCACUUAAAGGUUAAGCUGAUUUCAAUCAGAUAAACGUCACAAAAGUUAAUUCUUGGUUUUAAUAUAAUAUAUUAUAUAUUUUUCGAUAUUUGAACGUUGGAUUCUGAGAUGAUAAAAAAAAUAAGAAAAUGGUUAUUUUAUGACCUAUAUUGUUUGUGCACGUUAGUAACAAACCGAUAUUUUACCCAUCGUAUCAAAUCUAAGACCUUGCAAAUAUUUUACCAAACUAAUAAUGAUUCAAUAACUUAAUAACAAUCACGAUGUACGUCAAACCAACUUUUUCUGGUGUUUGGAACUAUUAAAAUGUUUAAGUCUCGUGUUAUUUUUGUUUUGUUAGUAUCAUUAUAUUUUUUGACUAAUUUUAAUGGUCAAAUAUUAACCUCUGACAAAAAUGACAAAAACUUGUGCGCAGCGCAAUAAAUUUCUUUAACGAUUGAGAGUAAAAUUGCUCAAACGUAAUCGUAAAAAUCGUCCAAUUUACGACACGGUUUUUUUUGCCUUUAUAUCGAGUAACAUAAUUUUUUUUUAUAAUUAUACCAAAUUUUUUUGAAUUCGUAUAACAUUCCUUGAAAAACAUUUUUACUGAAAAUUUUAAAUGUUCAUUAAAUGUUUUCCCUUAUCUUAGAGAAUUUACUAUCAAAUAUUGUAUUUGUUAUUGUUUUGAAUUUUGAUAAUGUAUAAGAAUAUAAUAUUAAGAACUGUACCAUGUGUAAAUACCAUAUCAAUGUUAUACCUGUAUUGUAUUAUUUAGCUGAAAUUGUGUUAAUAAUAAUUACUAUACGUGGAUUAAGUUAAAUUUUUAAUAUCUGAUUUACCUCAAACUUAAAAGAUUCACACUUAAACAAAUUAUGAAUAAAACUAUGUUGCUAAUAAUAAUUUAAUAGUGUUAGUGUUUCAG